AUGGUGGCCGACGCGUCGUUCGACAAUCUUGCUCGCCAGUUUGGGCACCUGCCGCUCAUUGACCGGUUUCCCAACUGCUACCCCGACAUCAACCCCGUCGACGUCUACCGGUCGCACAUCACGAGCAUCCUCCACGACAUCACCGGCGUCGAUCCCAAGAUCAUCUACCCUGCCCUGCAAUGGACUGCCACGCUGGAGAAGGGCGACUUGAUGCUCGCAAUCCCGGCGCUUCGCGUCAAGGGCAAGCCUGAUGAUCUGGGCAAGCAAUGGCUGGACAAGUGGCCCGAGUCGCCUCUCGUCGAGAAGCCCGUGCAGAGCGGCCCGUUUAUUCCCUUCUUCUUCAAGGCCGGACCGCUCGCCAAGACCGUCAUUCCCAUGGCGCUCUCCCACCGAGCCGACUUUGGCACCAACAACUCCGUCGGCCUCAAGGACCUGGACGACCCCUCCAAGGGUCGCCAGCGCAUGAUCGUCGAGUUCUCGAGCCCCAACAUCGCAAAGCCCUUCCACGCCGGUCACCUGCGAAGCACAAUUAUUGGCGGCUUCCUGGCAAACCUCUACAAGAGCGCCGGUUACGAUGUCGUUGCCAUCAACUACCUCGGCGACUGGGGCAAGCAAUACGGCGUCCUGGCCCUGGGUUUUGAGAAGUACGGCAACGAGGCCGAUCUCGAACAGGACCCCAUCAACCACCUGUUUCAGGUGUACGUCAAGAUCAGCCGCGAUGUCCAGGACGAGAAGGACCUGGCGGACAAGCUGAAGGCCGAGGGCAAGGAGGACGAGGCCAAGAAGAUCAUCGAAGAGGGCCUGGACGAGCAAGCUCGCAAAUACUUCAAGAAGAUGACUCAGGGCGACGAGGAGGCAUUGGCCCUGUGGAGGCGAUUCCGCGACUUCAGCAUCGAGCGUUACAAGAAGACGUACGCCCGACUCAACAUCCACUUUGACGAGUACUCCGGCGAGAGCAAGGUUUCCGAGGACGACAUGCACAAGGCUGCCGAUAAGAUGAAGGAGCUGGGCCUGGCUGAGGAGCACGACGGCGCGCUUCUCAUUGACUUUGUCAAGAACAUUCCCGGCAAGGAGGGCAAGCAGCUCGGCAAGGCCGUUCUGCGAAAGAGGGACGGCACUGCGCUGUACUUGACACGAGACAUUUCCGAGCUUCUGAACCGUGAGAAGAAGUACCACUUUGACCGCAUGAUCUACGUCAUCGCGUCGGAGCAGGACCUUCACGUCAAGCAGUUCUUCAAGGUUGUUGGUAUGAUGGGCCAUAAGGACAUUGCCGACAAGUGCCAGCACGUCAACUUUGGUCUUGUGCUGGGCAUGAGCACCAGGAAAGGCACCGUCAAGUUCCUCGAUGACAUUCUCCGUGAUGUUGGCGACCAUAUGCACGAGACCAUGAAGAAGAACGAGGACAAGUAUUCACAAGUCGACGACCCCGCCAAGACUGCCGACAUUUUGGGCAUCUCCUCUGUCAUGGUUCAAGACAUGUUGGGCAAGCGAAUCAACAACUACACUUUCAACCUGCAGAGAAUGACCAGCUUUGAGGGCGACACUGGGCCGUACCUCCAAUACGCCCACGCCCGACUUUGCUCCAUCACCCGCAAGGCUGGGCUCGGGGCCGACGACAUCGCGACCGCUGAUCUCUCUCUUCUCACCGAGCCCAUGGCGGUCAACCUCAUCCGCGUCGUGUGCCAGUGGCCGGAUGUCGUCUCAAAUACACUCAAGACUCUGGAACCUACUACUAUUCUGACUUAUCUCUUCAAGAUGACGCACAUCUUGAGCACCAGCUACAGCCACCUCCGCAUCGUGGGUAGCGAGCCCGAGGUUAUGAAGGCCCGCAUGGCCCUCUACGACUCCGCCAGGGUGGUUCUGCACAACGGCAUGGUCCUGCUCGGCUUGACGCCGCUUGACCGGAUGUGA